AUGGCGUCAACCCCAGGCGUCUCUGACCCCCCAGAUCACCCCUCCUCCUCAGUCGGCUCGACCAUCAACUCCGGCAGUGAUGGCUUUGACACACCCUCCCGUUCUGAGUCGCGCGAGAGUAGCCCUGGCCCUCUCGUAAUCGACGACGGAGUUAGUAACCCUUUUCCUCAUUUUUUCAGUCUCACCCACGGUACUUCUACUUCCAACAUCGGCGACGGUGAGGACAUGACCGAAGAGGAAUUCUUUGCCCAGCUCGGUGAGGAGGUUCCAGAGUGGGCAAAACGACCCCCUUCUGCCGAGCCACAGGUCCAAGACGACGGAUUCCCAGAUCUCCUCGAGGAGGACCUCGAAGCACAACUCGACGCUGAGCUCGGAGCAGCAGCCGGCAACGGAUCCAUGGAUAUCUCCGAGGGUGACCUUGAAGCACAGCUCGAGGCCGAACUCGCAGCGGGAGACAACGGCGGCCUCAUAGAACUUUGCGAGGACGAUCUCGAGGCACAACUAAACGCCGAACUUGAAGCAGAAGCCCACCAGGAGAUGGCAGCUAAGGCUGCACGACGCGAGGCCAAUCUUCAAGAGGAGAUGCGGAUCGCUGCUGAGAAAGCAGCACUGGCGGUUCCAUGCGACCAGAGAGACGAUUCGCCUUUCUCCUCUGAAGACGAGCUCCAGGCCGAGCUGAAUGCAGGCGACGCUGCCGAUGAAUUUCUCAGCGAUGUCAAUGACAGAAUCGCGGUAAUGAUGAUGCUCAAAUCAAAGGUUGACUGCCUCACAGUGAGACAAUACUCCUCCAGACGACCCAACAAGAAGGUAAAGACGACUCCUACUGGGACGCCGAAAGCUCGCGUUAGUCGCGGCCAGGCACCACCGAUGCGCAGGACGGACGAGCUGCCAGAGCUGUACCAUCACGGUGCACCCAACUGGGCUCUUUUGAGGAAGCACAUGAACCUGAGCACGCGUGUUGACCUGAACACCUGCUACCGGUCACUGGGUCUUGACGUCGGACGAGGCAAGGCAGUCUACGAGAGCCUGAAGGAAUACUUGCGAAUCCCCGGCAACUCUGUCGACCUCUCCGCCAAAGACGUCGAGAGCGAGGAUGCCAAGAGAAUCAUCGCCACCAUCGCCCACAAGCUCCUCGUCGACCAGCGCUGGGGUCAGACCUACUUCAACCGGCCCUCUCUGGCGGCUGACUGCAAGUCCAUCACCUUCGAAGGCGGCUCCACCGAGGUCUUCCUCGAGUUCACCUCCCUUGUCUACAAGGCUAUGAAACUUGAAGAGAAGCGGAAGAAGGGAAAGGCCAAGCAGCAGGAGGAGACGGCCGCGCGCGAGGUCGUCCAGCACCCGACGUCCGAGGCCUUCGCCACCUCGACAUACCGCUCGCCACAGCAGGCGCCCUCCACCCAAAGCGCAGCGGAGAGGCCGCUCCCCGUUGUCAUGCUGCACCCGCCGCCGCGGCGGAGGCAGGCGGCCAUCAACGGUGUGGUCAUUGCGCCCUGCUCCGUCGCGCGGGCGAGGCCUUCGUAG